AAGGAGACCUGAUACAGCUGAACAGAUUUUUGUCUUCAAGAUGGUCCAUAUGAUGCAAAGGCUAUCUUUCAAACUUCUGUUUAAAGAGGUUGUAAUUGCUGAAUUCAUGUUUGGCUUCUUUCUUCUGAUCCACACAAGCGAAGGUCAGUCGCUGCAGAAAAGUCAGCCUCAGCUGGUUACAGCAAUGGCUGGUGAGGAUGUUGUGUUGCCGUGUCACCUGAAGGCUCCCCUGAACACUGAUGAAUUAGCAGUGGAGUGGGGGAGACUUGACCUAAAUCCCAGAUUUGUGUAUCUGUGGUUCGACGGGAGUGAAUAUAAAGAUGACCAAAACAUCGCCUACAAAGGAAGAACAUCGCUGUUUACCGAGAGACUGAAAGAUGGCGACGUUUCACUGAGACUGACUGGUGUGAAACACUCUGACAAUGGUAGAUUCAGAUGCUACGAUCCAAAAGAGAUUGAACAAUAUUUUGUUGACCUUUUUAUUGGUUCAGUCUCUUCACCCAGAAUCAGUUUAGCAGGACUGGAUAACAGCAGCCUUGGAGUGAUGUUAGACUGCAGCUCUGCAGGCUGGUAUCCAGAACCUGAGAUUAUAUGGCUGGAUGGGGAGGGAAACAUCAUGUCCGUUGGAUCUACAGAGAAAACUAAAGGUCCUGAUGGCCUUUAUAGUGUCAGCAGCAGAGUGACUGUGGAAAAGAGACACAACAACAAUAUCACCUGUAGAGUCCAACAGAAAGACAUCAACCAGACCAGAGAGAAACACAUUUAUAUUCAAGAUGAUGUCUUUGGAGUCCGGUUCCCCUGCAUUAUGCCUCUUCCUCUUUCUUUAAAUGCUGUUUUGGGUCUCAGUCUUUUUCUGCUAUUUAUUAUUUUAAUCCGGAAAUGGCGACAAACUAAAAUCUUGAAAAAGAGGCUAAAAGAUGAAGUGAAUUGGGAGAAACAGUACCUCAUGACAGAAGAAAAAGACUAUGUGUUUAAGAAAAAGUCAGACCUUGUGGAGAAGUUAAGAAAGGGAAACCAGGAUCAGAGAAGCAUUGAUCAGCAGAUUGAAGCAUUAAUGAAGAUGUCAGCGGACCUGAAGGAACUGAAAGAAAGAUUGAGUGAUCAGAGACUGGAGGCAUGGAAAAUAUUUGAGGAGAAUGACAGGAGGUCUAGGGCUGUUGAGGAUGAAGUAACAAACACGAGAGAGAACAGGAUGGAAAAGAGAGCAAAAGGAUACUUUAUACUCAAAGAGAUCAUAACAGAGAGCAAUAAGAGACUGACUGAGAGUAAGGCAGAUAAUCUACAUAUGAAACUGAUAACAGAAAAACUGACUGAAAGAACAAGUCAGGAGGUUAAAAAACUGAAGGAGAGAAAACAGGAAAUAGAGAAUCAUGUAGUGGAAAUAGAAAAACAUCUUAAAGAAAUUGAGACAGAUAUGUGAUUAAGAAAUGAAUUAACUUGAAUAUUUUUACAACAUUAUGUGAGAAAAUAAACCUGUCCUGAAUGUUUAUUCUGCAUUUGUGUAUGUAUGAAGACAUACAUUUUUAUUUUAAUGGAAAUUAUAUCUAAAUAUUAUGAUAAAGCAUUGAACAUUCAAAAUGUAUUGUUUGAAAAAAAAUGGAAAGCAUUUUUCUUCAGAAAAUGAAGAGGCUGUGUUAUUUAUAAACACCUUUUCUAAUUAA